AUGGAUUACCAAGCUCCUGCUCCUGCUGCCGGUGGCCGUGGUUGCUACAACUGUGGCGACAACUCUCACCGCGCUGCUGAGUGCCCUACCAAGGGAACUCCUACCUGCUACAACUGCGGCGAGAAGGGCCACGUCAGCCGCGAGUGCACAUCUCCCCAGGCUGAGAAGACGUGCUACCGUUGCGGCGGUACCGGCCACAUCUCCCGCGAGUGCACCAAGGACGGCGGUGCGCAGAUGGGCGGCCGUGGUGGCGGUUCCGGUGGCCAAGAGUGCUACAAGUGCGGCCAACAGGGUCACAUUGCCCGCAACUGCUCCCAGGGCGGCGGCUACGGCGGUCAACAACAGGGUGGAUACGGUGGCCGUGGAGGAUACGGUGGCGGCCAGGGUGGCUACGGUGGAGCGCGCCAGACUACCUGCUACUCAUGCGGCGGCUUUGGCCACAUGAGCCGUGACUGCACCCAGGGCCAGAAGUGCUACAACUGCGGUGAGGUCGGCCACUUGUCGCGCGACUGCCCCCAGGAGACAUCGUCUGAGCGCGUCUGCUACCGCUGCAAGCAGCCUGGCCACGUUCAGAGCGCGUGCCCCAACUAG